AUGAUCUUGCUAGAUAUUAUUUUGUACACAUACUUUAUCGCAUAUGUUAAGCUAAUAAGUUCAAGGAAUUAUGAUAAUAGUAAAUCAGGGAAUUUCUUUCAAUUAGGCAAACUAUACAACACUGUUUUGCUGUGUGAAAACCUAUCGCCUGAAUCCAUUACUAUGGAUACGGUUUGCUUAUCACCAUGUACCGUAACAAACCUAGACGAAAGUUUAAAAUGUAAUCCACAGGCAGAAACAUGGAAAAUAAGACUUAUGGUUGAUAAAACUUCCACAUAUUUCGAAACAACUGGCUGUAAGCAAGGCCAAAGAAGAUUUAGGUGUGUGCCGUAUAAGAGCAAUGAGGGAGAAUGUGAUGACGAAUCGGCAUUAGUGUAUCCGAAAGGAUACUCCUGCUUUACCAAAUGUGGAGUUAAAACGUGUCCAAGUGAGAGUUUCAAGAAACCAAGAGAUGUUGAAGAUUUGAAGGUUGCUGAUUGUGUAAGUGGAUUUAGGGUCCGUUGCUCAUUCAAUGAUGCUGAAGAAAACAAGGAGAUAGGAACUGGGAAUUUAACCCUAGAACUAAAGAAGAAAUCACUUAAACUUUAA